UUGCCCGCCCCAGUCACAGUCCGUCAGGCCACUAAGCCAGAUGAGAAGAGAGUUCGUUCCCCGUCUCCUCUGAAAAUCCACUCGCAUAAACGUCAAAGCAAUUACAAAGGAGAAGGAAGGUUGCUGUGAUUUCUUCAGCAGGUGACAAUUAGCCAACAAUUUGUGAUAGUUAUAUUUCGUUGGGAAGCCACUACGUUUCUGCUGGAUUUGACGUCUUUGAGGAAAAUUGUUGUUCUAAGUGAAACACAACAAAUAAAUCUGCUUGGAAAUGGCACUUAACCUAGUCAAGUAUCAGGAUGAAAUGCUUAAAGCCUGGAAAGAAGUUGUUGACGAUAAGAAUCCAACAGAUUGGGCAUUAUUUACCUACGAAGGACAGUCUUAUGACCUGAAACUUGUUGGAAAAGGAGAUGGUGGUAUCACAGAACUGGCAGAAGACUUGAACAGCUGUAAAAUAAUGUAUGCAUUCUGCAGGGUGAAAGACCCCAAAACAAGUCUUCCCAAAUAUGUCCUCAUCAACUGGCAAGGUGAGAGUGCUCCUGGUAUCCGUAAAGGAACUUGCACCAAUCAUUUAGGACCCAUUCAAAAGUUCUUUAAAGGAAUUCACAUCACGGUAAAUGCGCGAACUGAAGACGAGGUUGAUGAAGAAGCAAUCGUAGACAAAGUGGCCAAAUCUACAGGGUCGAUUUAUAAUUUUAGUCGUUUGGAUUCCAGAGAGGAUGAACCAACUGGCCCUGUGGGAACUAUUUACAAAAGAGUAAAUCCCACACAAGAGAUAGAUGCAAAAGCUCGUGAUAGCUUUUGGGCACAGGAAGAAGAAGAAGAAAAAAAGCGCCAAUUGGAGGAACAGCGACGAAAAGAGGAAGAGUCUAAGCGUCGUGAAGAAGAAUUAAAGAAAAGAGAAAUGGAAGGUAGUCGUGCUCGAGAGAAUCAGGUGUUAGCUCGAAUGCGAAGCAUUUCCGAGCUACGACAGGCGGAAGAAAAAGCCAGUAUUUCCUCAGAGGAGGCUGAAAAAGCUAAAUGGGCCAAACAGAAACAAGAUGACGAUAAAGAUGAUGAAGAAAGACGAAUGCGUAGUGAAAUUCUACGCCGACAGAGAAAUAACGAGGCUCAGUCUCUGAUUAAACAGCGCAGCAUUGACGCAAAAGCUAUCUUUGAACAAAAUACUUCUGCUGGUCAGCUUUCAAUAUCAAGAAGAAGCAGCAGUUCCAAUGUGUCAUCCCCAAGCCCAACCCCGAGUGCUCCGAACAAAGUUGGUGCUAAAUGGCCACCAUCCCCUAAUUCUGUAUCUCCGUCUCCUGUUUCCCCAUCACCCGCCUCUCCUACCCCUAAUGUUGUCCGCCAAACUUCGAUUCAAACUAACUUUUAUGCUAAUAAUUCCUCUAAUGGCCAUUCUUCUUCCAUAUCGUCACCACCGCCACCAAUAAAGAACGAAUGGAUCUUUGAAACGCCUACACCAGCCGUUAUUGUCCCACCAGCACCCGAAUUUGCCGAUGCUCCCCCUGAAUUACCCUCAUCACCUCCGCCCACUGAGCAGCUCGAAACGGCCCCUAUUUCACCUAUUGCAGCUAUGCUUGACGAUGCCAAUCAAGAUUACGAAGAUGUUAAUGACGAAGAAGAACAAGAAUGGGAAUCGCCUCCUCAAGAGAUUGUGAAACAAGUUCAGGCAGAUAAUUUCAUUGAUAAUGAAGUCAAUGGUUUCGGUAUAAGAGCCCGGGCCCUUUACGAUUAUCAAGCAGGUGAGCCUGGAGAAAUAUCUUUUGACCCUGGAGAUAUUAUAACCAAUAUUGAUCAAAUUGAUGAAGGUUGGUGGCAAGGAGUUGGUCCGGACGGGACCUAUGGUCUUUUUCCAGCUAAUUAUGUAGAAUUGAUUGAAUGAAAAAACUUGGGAGCAUGUCAAUAUUUUUUGUUGAUUUCGAUCCCCCGAAUUUUCCAAUUUCCUUCACUUGGGACAGCACAAAAAAAAAUCUAUAUCCUUAAAAACUGAAACAUUCUCUAUCCAUCCUACUAUGGUUAACACGCACAGACAUUUCCGCGCUGACUAACUUAGCGAACCCUAAUCGUCCUUUUUUUUCUUGAAUUUUUACUUGCUUUUUAAAAUGUUUACUUACACAAAAAGCUCAACUACUUACGAAUGCCUGGAUCUUCCGACUUUCCAUCUAUUUCAUCCAUUAUUAAAACGAGCAAACUGUGCAAUACAAGGUACUUACAUGAA